GGUUGGCUCGCGGACGUCUCGGACGUGAAACUCGGCGACGUCCUCGGCCAGGGUAGCUCGGGGGUGACGACGAAGGGCAAGUGGAAAGGUCAGCCGGUGGCCGCGAAGAGGGUGAACGUCUCGGGCAAGUCUCGAGCGGUGUCGUUUCUACGCGAGGUUAGGGUUCUCGCGCGGCUCAGGCAUCCGCACGUGCUUCCGUUCUACGCCGCGUGUCUCAAGCCGCCGGACCACUGCCUGCUGCUCACGGACUACUGCACGGGGGGCACGCUCAAAGAAUGGUUGUACCCCAGGGACGGCAGCAAUCCGCCGAGCACCAGACGAAGGCUCAGGAUUGGGUUCCAAAUCGCUCGAGGCAUGCGAUACCUGGAGUCGUUAGGUAUCAUGCACCGGGAUUUGAAGCCUAGCAACGUGUUUCUGACGCACCCGGGAAAAGGAGCGAGGGCCGUCAUCGCCGACUUUGGCCUCGCCAGGCCUGUUCCCAACCCCGAGUCCGAGUCCGUUUUGACGGGGGAAACGGGUACGUACGUGUACAUGGCGCCGGAAGUCAUCAGGCACGAGAAAUACACCGGCGCUGCGGACGUCUACUCGUUUGGAGUGUUGCUCAACGAGCUCGCAUCUGGCCUUGUCCCGUAUUCAAACGCGCAUUACACUCCGGUUCAGGUUGCGUUCGGAGUCGCGGACAGGUCACUGCGACCGGAACUCGCGUCGGGCGUCGAUCCCGGCCUGGUCGCUGUGAUUGUGUCGUCCUGGUCGCAGGAUCAAACGGAGCGACCGACUUUCGUCGCGGUGACCGACGCGCUGGACGCGAUGGCGCAACAACUCGUC